AGGGAGGGGGGCGCGGGCGAAGUGCCCAGGCGGCGGCGGCGGCUCUGCCGGGUGACAGCGUGCCGGGAGCCCUCGCUCGGCUCCCCGCGCCCCUCGGCCUCCGCGCCCGCUCUCGCCGCGCUCACGGAGCCCUCUCGCCCGCCGCCGCGCUAUGAGGGCGCCUCUCCGGGGCCGGCCGAGAGCGGAGCCAGCUCGCUCCGCCCGCGGGGACGCGUGAAGCCGGGCGGCACGGGGAGCGGCUGGGCUCCAGGUGAGCGCGGGCUCGGCGCGCCCGGCACGCGGCGCAGGUGGCGGGCGCCCCUCCCGGCCGGGUCGGCGGCUGACUCCCGCGCGUGGACCGCCGUUGGUUCCCUCUUCGCGGGCUCCCGGGCUCCCAUCGCAGAUGCAUUUUGUAGGAGUAUUUUGAGGAUGACUGUUUGCAAAUCAUUUUGAAAUUGCCAAGCGCCACAUACAUGGGAUGCAUUUUGCUUUUAUGCUGGAGUUCACCCCUGUGGCUUGGAUUUAUCACAGUAGCAUCUGUCUUCGGUCAGUUUGUUAACUAGAAAUCAAGGCAAGACAUGAGGAGGUUUGUUUAUUGCAAGGUGGUCCUUGCCACUUCGCUGAUGUGGGUUCUGGUUGAUGUCUUCUUACUCCUGUACUUCAGUGAAUGUAACAAAUGUGAUGACAAGAAGGAGAGAUCCCUUCUACCUGCUCUCAGGGCUGUUAUUUCAAGAAACCAAGAAGGGCCAGGAGAAAUGGGAAAGGCCGUGCUGAUUCCUAAAGAUGACCAGGAGAAAAUGAAAGAACUGUUUAAAAUCAAUCAGUUUAACCUUAUGGCCAGUGAUUUGAUUGCUCUUAACAGAAGUCUACCGGAUGUGAGAUUAGAGGGAUGCAAGACGAAGGUCUAUCCUGAUGAACUUCCAAACACAAGUGUAGUUAUUGUGUUUCAUAAUGAAGCUUGGAGCACCCUCCUUCGAACUGUUUAUAGUGUUAUAAACCGUUCCCCACACUAUUUACUUUCUGAGGUCAUCUUGGUAGAUGAUGCCAGUGAGAGAGAUUUUCUCAAGUCGACAUUGGAGAAUUAUGUGAAAAAUUUAGAAGUGCCAGUAAAAAUUAUCAGAAUGGAAGAGCGCUCCGGCUUAAUCCGUGCCCGCCUUCGAGGAGCCGCUGCUUCCACGGGGCAGGUCAUCACUUUCCUGGAUGCACACUGUGAAUGUACUGUGGGCUGGCUGGAGCCCUUGCUGGCGAGAAUAAAGGAAGACAGGAAAACAGUUGUAUGCCCCAUCAUUGAUGUGAUUAGUGAUGAUACCUUUGAAUAUAUGGCUGGGUCAGACAUGACUUAUGGGGGUUUUAACUGGAAACUGAAUUUUCGUUGGUAUCCUGUUCCCCAAAGAGAAAUGGACAGGAGGAAAGGAGACAGAACAUUACCUGUCAGGACCCCUACUAUGGCUGGUGGCCUAUUUUCUAUUGACAGAAACUACUUUGAAGAGAUAGGAACUUACGAUGCAGGAAUGGAUAUCUGGGGUGGAGAGAAUCUUGAAAUGUCUUUUAGGAUCUGGCAAUGUGGAGGCUCAUUGGAGAUUGUGACUUGCUCUCAUGUGGGUCAUGUUUUUCGGAAAGCAACUCCAUACACUUUUCCUGGUGGCACCGGUCAUGUCAUCAACAAGAACAACAGGAGACUGGCAGAAGUGUGGAUGGAUGAAUUUAAAGAUUUCUUCUAUAUCAUAUCCCCAGGUGUUGUCAAAGUGGAUUAUGGAGAUGUAUCAGUCAGAAAAACACUGAGAGAAAAUCUGAAGUGUAAGCCCUUUUCUUGGUACCUUGAAAACAUCUAUCCGGACUCCCAGAUCCCAAGACGUUAUUACUCACUUGGUGAGAUAAGAAAUGUUGAGACUAAUCAAUGUUUAGACAACAUGGGCCGAAAGGAAAAUGAAAAAGUGGGCAUAUUCAACUGUCAUGGUAUGGGAGGAAAUCAGGUAUUUUCUUAUACCGCUGACAAGGAAAUCCGAACCGAUGACUUGUGCUUGGAUGUUUCUAGACUCAAUGGACCUGUAAUCAUGUUAAAAUGCCACCACAUGAGAGGAAAUCAGUUAUGGGAAUAUGAUGCUGAGACCCACACUCUUCUUCACAUAACCACCCAGUCCUGUCUCUCAGUAAGAAAAGUAACUGAUGGCUCUCAACAGCCCACUGUGGAAAUGUGUAAUGAUAGCCCUUUGCAAAAAUGGCUGCUAAGAAACUAUACAAGAGCAGAAGUUUUUAGAAAUAUUUUUGAGAAUCCUACUGAUUACAUUCUCUAAUAAUUUUUGGAGAAACUCACCUUGAGGCACGUGAACAGUAACCAGUGUCUUGAUGAACCUUCUGAAGAAGACAAAAUGGUGCCUACCAUGCAGGACUGCAGUGGCAGCAGGUCCCAGCAGUGGCUGCUGAGGAACAUGACGUUGGGG